UAGAUGACAAAGGCUUCUCGAUGGAACCAAUUGAUCAACAUUUGCUUGCACAAACUGUUCUGUAUUUUCUUCUAUUUGCCUGUGGUUUCAUUAUAAGUAUACCAUUAGGAGUAUCGCAGAUUCAGUUCGACAAUUCAUGUUUGUUGUAUGCACGUUUUAAGGAUGGCAUUCUGCAGAAGGUAUCUAGUUCAAACAACUGCAAUUUCCCUUUGUAUAUGAGUGUGGUAGGCUGUAUACUGUACGGAUUGGCCAUUGGUAGUUAUUAUGUGUACUCAUUACUUCCAUCGAGAAGAAGCCAAACAACAGGAGCAAACAUGUGGGUUUUGCCAUUUGUGUUAACGAAUGCCGUAAUGGCUAUGACGUCAUUUAUUGCUGCAUGCAUGAUAUCAGUUGGAUUUAAAAAGUUUUGUAAUGGACUGUUGGAAAAUCAUGCAUUUUAUACACAUUGUGCCGAUGCAGAAGGGAGUGACUGGCAUAAUGUGCAGACUGGUAAACAUUUCCAUCCGGGACAUUACUAUCGUAUGAUGAAUAUUUCACAAAUUGCAUGUUGGAUAGCAUUUUUGCUAUGGGUAGCGCAAUUAGCCCUAGGAUUUCUGAGAUUUUUCAAAAAUAGAAAAUUACAACCCCAGGGAACUCAAUCAGCACCACCAGCUAUAUCUUCCAUCUCAUAAUCACCAACAGUGAAUUGCCGGUAAUGGAAUCUACCUCUACUACGAUGACGACUUUAUGGAUAUUAAUAAUUUUAUCUGACUGUAUAUGCAUAGUUUAUGAAUCAUUCACGUGCAAGUGAAUAAUUCGACCUAACAUAAUCCGUAUUCUUGUAAAUUUCAAUUUAACCCCUAAGCUGGAGAUGGGUAACGCAUGUAUUCAGUUUAAACAGUAUUUUAUUCAAAUGAAUUGAAUUGGAUUGUGCAACAGGCAAAGCCUAUGUAAGCCCUCUCCAUGAGAUGACUAUUUAACUAUCAAAAGGAAUAGAAUGUAAACAUUGGAAGUGAAACAAGAAUGAACCACUUAACUUGACAGAAAAUAAUUCGUAUACAGAUGAAAAAGAUGAUAAACAAACCUUUUAACCUUCAAUAUUUUUUUUAUCCUCCAAUAAUGGUAAAAUCCAUUU